AUGACCCGUGGAAACCAGCGUGACCAGGACCGUCUCAAGGCCCAGAAGAAGUUGGCUGCUGCCAACAAGAGCAAGAACACCACCGGCGUCUCCCACACCAAGCGUGCCGAAUCUGAUGCCGAAAUUAUGAGAGCUAAGCAGGCUGCCAAAGAUGCCGCCAAGAAUGCAGGAGGUGGAGAUGCUGCUGCAAAGAAAUAA